AUGCCGGGUGUGUCCCACACACCCCAAACAUGCUCAGCGCACCUGUGUUCUCUUUUCCAGGCGAUUGGCUGUACUCUGAACUGCAGUUGCCCAAGUUUCAAACCAGGCAAAAUCAACCACCGGCAGUGCGAGCAGUGCCGACACGGAUGGGUGGCCCACGCGCUCAGCAAGCUGAGGAUCCCCCCCAUGUACCCCACAAGCCAGGUGGAGAUCGUCCAGUCCAACGUGGUGUUUGACAUCAGCAGCCUCAUGCUCUACGGGACCCAGGCCAUCCCCGUGCGCCUGAAGAUCCUCCUGGACCGGCUCUUCAGUGUGCUGAAGCAGGAUGAGGUCCUGCGGAUCCUGCACGCCCUGGACUGGACCCUUCAGGACUACAUCCGGGGAUACGUGCUGCAGGUGCGGCCAGGCCAGCACGCCCCCCCUCCUCCGCCAGGGUCUUCUCCCAUCCACUUCCGCGUCCCUGAGGCCGCCCACGGCCGAAUGCCCUACCCCAGCUUCUGGGAGGAAUCCAGGGCUUUCCUCAAGAUACUUGCGGACAAGGGGAGCCCCGGCGGCGGGCACCCCUUUGAGAACCUCAUCAACAGCAUGACCUUCAUGCUGCCCUUCCAGUUCUUCAACCCCGUGCCGCCCGCGCUGAUGGGGCCGCUGCCCGAGCAGUACGCACUGGAGCCGGGUCCGGACCCGGGCCCGGUGGAGCCCUGUCCCAGCUGCCCCGACGCCGCCCCCCACCAGGAAGACGGCGCCCACCUGAGCGACUCCAGCGCCUACAGCCUCGUCACGAAGCUGGAAGGGACGCAGCUGUCCCCCGAGGCCCGGGGGAAGCCCGAGCGGCACGGCCUGGGCGCCAAGAAGGGCCGGGUGUUCUGCACGGCCUGCGAGAAGACCUUCUACGACAAAGGCACCCUCAAGAUCCACUACAACGCCGUGCACCUGAAGAUCAAGCACAAGUGCACCAUCGAGGGGUGCAACAUGGUGUUCAGCUCCCUGCGGAGCCGCAACCGCCACAGCGCCAACCCCAACCCCCGGCUGCACAUGCCCAUGAACAGGAACAGCAGGGACAAGGACCUCAGGAACAGCCUGAGCCUGAUCGCCUCGGACGGCUACAGGCGCCCGGGGCUGGAGGCCACGUCCACGGACCGCAGGCCUCUCCCCGGCUGCCCCGGCUCAGGCGAGGAUGCCAGGGGCCACGCGGUGUUCCCGGGCGCCGGGCAGAACGGCGUGCUUUUCCCCAACCUGAGGACGGUCCAGCCCGUGCUCCCUUUCUACCGCAGCCCGGCCACGCCCGCCGAGCUGGCCACCACGCCCGGGAUGCUGCCGUCUCUCCCCCUGCUGUCAUCCUCCAUCUCGGAGCAGCUGGUUUCCGCCGAGACGCCGUCCGAUGCCCUCCCCAAGAAGAAAUCCCGCAAGUCCAGCAUGCCCAUCAAGAUCGAGAAGGAGCCCAGGGGGGUCAUCAGCAGGACCCCCGAGCGGGCCAGGCGCAACUCGGAGAGGGAGACGGAGCCGGAGCAGAAGCCAGCGCUGACCCUGGUGCCCGGAGAUGCGGAGGACGGCGGCCGGGAGCUCCGGCUCCUUCCUGGGCUGGAGCCCUGCAUCCCUUUCCCGGACUACGUCAGGCUGCAGCAGCACCUGCUGGCCGGCGGCCUCCUGGGCGCCUUGUCCACCCGAGGAAUGGCUUUCCCUUGUUUCGAGGAUUCGAAGGACCUGGAGCCCGCGGGUCCGCACGCGUUGGCGAGGCAGAAGGAAGAGAGUCGCCACCAGUGUGACAUCUGUCAGAAGACCUUCAAGAACGCUUGCGGCGUGAAGAUGCACCACAAGAACACGCACGCCAAGGAGACGCACGUGUGCACGGUGGAGGGCUGCCAGGCCACCUUCCCUUCCCGCAGGAGCAGGGACAGACACAGUUCAAACCUAAACCUCCACCAAAAAGUGCUGGCCCAGGAAGCGCUGGAGGGCGGCGAAGACCGUCUCCGCGCAGCAUACCUUCUGAAAGACGUGGCUAAGGAGGCCUAUCCGGACGUGGCUUUCACGCAGCAAGCCUCCCAGACGUCUGUCAUCUUCAAGGGCACCAGCCGCAUGGGCAGCCUGGUGUACCCGAUAGCCCAGGUGCACAGCGCCGCCCUGGAGAGCUACAGCUCCGGCCCGCCGGGCGAAGGCACCGUCCUGGACCUGAGCGCUACCUCCAGCAUGAAGUCGGAGAGCAGCAGCCAUUCCUCCUGGGACUCGGACGGGGCGGCGAGCGAGGAGGGCGCCGGGCUCAUGGAGGACAGCGACGGGAACGGCGAAGGCGCCAGCCUCGUGCCCGGGGAGGACGAGUACCCCAUCUGCAUCCUGAUGGAGAAGGCCGACCGGAGCCUGGCCAGCCUGCCUUCCGGGUUGCCCAUCACGUGUCACCUCUGCCAAAAGACGUACAGCAAUAAAGGGACCUUCCGGGCCCACUACAAAACCGUGCACCUGCGCCAGCUGCACAAGUGCAAGGUGCCCGGCUGCAACACCAUGUUCUCGUCUGUGCGCAGUCGUAACAGACACAGCCAGAAUCCCAACCUGCACAAAAGCCUGGUCUCCUCCCCCGGUCACCUCCAGUAGCAAGAUGGGAAAGGCGAUGGCCUUGUUCCUGGGGGAGAAGGUAGAAGGAGGGUCCGUUUCCAUCUUUACCACCAUUGGGGACCAGCCAGGCCAAAAAGCAUUGGAGCUGACUUUCUAGUCUUCGGCUGCGGGAUGCGUGGGGUGUUGGGGCGGGGCAGCCG